CGCCAGAAUGCAGUAUUUUUUUGGCACAUCCACCACGGUCACUCGAUUGUUAUUGUUUGGAAAAAUAAAUUAAAAGCCGAAUAAUAAUAAAAUAUAACAAUUUCUUUGAACAAACAUGGUCAACCCGAACCACAAAAUCAGCCCGCACUUGAAUGGUACACCCAGCAACUACAUUUAUCUGGCCGCUAAUGCGGACUACGGCCGCAGCUUGAGCAAGCUUUGCGAACGUAGUUUGCUGCAAAAGCAACGUAUUUUGCUAAUAAACAGUCGCCAAGGCAGUGCCGAAUUGCACAACCUGGAGAAGUACUCAACGCUGCAGAUCGUUCACAUGCCGGACAUUGAGAGCACGCCGCAUGGUUUCUUGGACUUUCCCGACAGGGACCUGGACCUGGUCAUCUUUGAUCUGAAUUCGAUUGUUCUGAACGCCCUGCACCGGCCGGUGAUGCAGCAGUGCUCCACGGACAAGCUGGUCCGCCACAUCGCCAAAUGCUCGGCGGCGUUCGCCAACUACCGGGAACAGCUCCAGGCCAGAUGUAAAUCGGUGAACACCGUUCUGGUGAUGUCCCAGGACUCGUAUCCUUUGACCCAGGCCCAGUUCAAGCUGCUCUGCGGUCUGUAUUUUUGCGGCAACGAGUGCCACACAAGUUUAUCCAAACUGGCGGGUAGAAUUUUCUCCUCUCAGUAAGAUUUUUUUUUGUUUUUUUUUUGUGGAAAGGAUAUCUAAAAAGGACAUUCAAGUGCCUUAGAUAGGUUUCGAAAAAUACUCGAAAAGGUUUACAGGAAUUAUUUGUAGUUUUAAGUUGAAACUAAAACGGAAGGACUGGAAAAUUAUGUUUCUAAAGCAAAAAAAACAAGCAGUAUUUAAAAAAUAUAAAUAAAAUUAUAGUUUAGGGCUAACUAACUCAAAUUAUGUCAAAAAUCAAAGCUGAAUAAUUAUGUGUCUUAUGGAAAAAAAUGAGCAGUAUUCCAGAUUAAAAAUAAAAACUUUUGGUAUCCAAAAAGUCAUCAAGAA